CAACAGGCAACAUACUAGAUAAUAGAAGUUUCCGCCAGCUGAGGGCUACCAGGAGACUGAGGACAAUGUGCAGCAGAGCCCCAGCUGACUCAUAAAGGACAUGCAGAAUGAGUGAAAAAUAAAUCUUCACGGUUGUAAGCCACUGAGACUUGGGCAUUGUUUGUUGCUGCACCAUCACCUAGCCUGUCCCCACCAGGUUUAUAACAAAGCUUGGAAAAUACUAAAGGUUAAAGGAGAAUUGAGAGCUGCCAAGGAAAUGAAAGAUGAGGCAGGGGAGAGAGACAGAGAAGUGAGCAGCCUGAACAGCAAGCUGUUAAGCCUGCAACUUGACAUCAAGAAGCUGCAUGAUGUCUGCAAGAGACAAAGGAAGACCUUGCAAGACAAUCAGCUCUGCAUGGAGGAGGCAAUGAACAGCAGCCACCCCAUUGCCCUGAAAAUAUCAGAUCACAGUGAUACAAGGAGAGCCGCAUCUGCUAUGGAUCUCAGAUAAACUUCUAAGUCAACCAUGAAAAUAAAAAGCAUCACACCUGCUCCAAGAACAAGAAGCAAGCACAGGCAUUAGCAUUCGAGGAGUCAGAGAUGGAGUUUGGGUCCAGUAAACAGUGUCAUCUGAGACAACUCCAGCAACUGAAGAAAAAACUGCUGGCCCUUCAACAAGAACUGGAGUUUCGCACAGAGGAGUUGCAGACUUCUUACUGUUCUCUCCUGCAGUAUCAGUCCAUCCUAGAGAAGCAGACUUCCGACCUGGUUCUUCUGCACCAUCACUGCAAACUGAAAGAAGAUGAGGUGAUUCUCUAUGAGGAGGAAAUGGGAAAUCACAACAAGAACACAGAGGAGAAGCUCCAUUUGGCACAAGAGCAACUCGCCUUGGCCGGGGACAAGAUCGCCUCCCUAGAAAGGAGCUUAAGCCUCUACAGGGAUAAAUACCAGUCUUCCCUAAGCAACGUCAAAUUACUAGAAUGCCAAGUGAAGAUGUUGGAGGGGGAGCUCAGUGGGAUCAUUGGUCAGGACCCUGAGAACAAGGGUGAUCAUUCAAAGGUGCGGAUAUACACUUCUCCUUGCAUGAUUCAAGAGCAUCAGGAGACCCUGAAACGACUGUCUGAAGUCUGGCAAAAAGUCUCUGAACAGGAUGAUCUCAUUCAAGAACUUCGAAAUAAGCUGGCCUGCAGUAAUGCUUUGGUUCUGGAGCGUGAAGAGGCUUUGAUAAAACUACAGGCAGACUUUGCUUCCUAUACAGCCACCCACAGAUACCCUCCUAGCUCCUCAGAAGAGUGUGAAGACAUCAAAAAGAUCCUGAAGCACUUGCAGGAGCAGAAAGACAGCCAGUGCCUGCACGUGGAGGAGUACCAGAACCUGGUGAAGGACCUGCGCAUGGAACUAGAGGCCGUGUCAGAACAGAAGAAAAACAUCUUGAAAGACAUGAUGAAGCUGGAGCUGGACCUGCAUGGGCUACGGGAGGAGACAUCUGCCCACAUCGAGAGGAAGGAUAAGGACCUUGCCAUCCUGCAGUGCCACCUGCAGGAGCUGCAGCUGCAGUUCGCCGAAACCCAAAAGCUCGCUUUGAAGAAAGACAAGUUCCUCCAAGAGAAAGAUGAAAUGCUGUGUGAGCUGGAGAAGAAACUGGCACAGGUUCAGAACUGCCUCCUGAAAAAGGAAAAGGAGCUGGAGAAGCAGCAGUGCGUGACCACAGAACUUGAAAUGACCAUCAGGGAGGCUAAGCAGGACAAGUCCAAGGAUGUGGAGUGCGAGGCCCUGCAGACAGAGGUCCAGAAGCUGAAGAACAGUCUCGAAGAGGCCAAGCAGCAGCAGAGGCUGGCUGCUCAGCAAGCAGCUCAGUGCAAAGAAGCGGUGGCGCUGGCAGGCAGUAACCUGGAGGACGCUCAGAGAAAACUGCAGAACUCCCUCCUCCUGGACAAGCAGAAAGCAGACACCAUCCAGGAACUACAGCGAGAACUUCAGAAGCUGCAGAAGGAAUCCUUGAUGGCUGAGAAGGAACAAACCUCCAACAGAAAACGGGUGGAGGAGUUGUCAUCAGAACUCUCUGAAGCCCUAAGGAAGCUCGAAAAUUCAGACAAGGAAAACAGGCAGCUUCAGAAGACAGUGGAUGAGCAGGAUAUGAAAAUGAAUGACAUGCUUGAUCGUAUCAAGCUCAUUCAACACCAGCAAAGGGAGCAAGCCUCCACUCAACGCAAGUUAGAAGAUGAUCUUCAGGAGGCCACAAAGCUACUGGAGGAGAAACGGGAGCAGUUGAAGAAGAGCAAAGACCAUGAGAAGCUGAUGGAGGAAGAACUUGAAGCUUUGCAGCAGGAAUUUAAAAAGAAAGACAAGACGUUGAAAGAGAAUUCCAGAAAGUUGGAGGAAGAAAAUGAGAAGCUUCGAGCAGAGCUACAGUAUUGUUCUACACAACUGGAAUCCUCUAUUAACAAAUACAACACCAGCCAGCAAGUCAUCCAAGACUUGAAUAAAGAGAUAGCCCUUCAGAAGGAGUCCUUAAUGAGCCUGCAGGCCCAGCUGGACAAAGCUCUGCAGAAGGAGAAGCACUAUCUCCAGACCACGAUCACCAAAGAAGCCUAUGACGCAUUAUCCCAGAAGUCAGCCGCCUGCCAGGAUGACCUGACACUAGCCCUCGAGAAGCUCAAUCACGUGACCUCGGAGACAAAGAGCCUGCAGCGAAGCUUGACACAGACCCAAGAGAAGAAAGCCCAGCUGGAGGAGGAAAUCAUUGCUUAUGAGGAAAGGAUGAAAAAGCUCAAUAUAGAAUUAAAGAAAUUGCAGGGCUUCCACCAGGAGAGUGAGCUAGAGGUGCAUGCCUUCGACAAGAAGCUAGAGGAGAUGAGCUGCCAGGUGCUUCAGUGGCAGAAGCAACACCAGAAUGACCUCAAGAUGCUGGCAGCCAAAGAGGAGCAGCUCAGGGAGUUCCAGGAGGAGAUGGCUGCCCUGAAAGAGAACCUCCUUGCAGACGAAAAGGAGCCCUGCUGCUUGCCCCAGCGGUGUGUGCCCAAAGACACCUGUAGGCUCCACAGAGAGAAUGAUCAGAUUAUGACCAACCUGGAGCAAUGGGCGAAACAGCAGAAGGUCGCCAAUGAGAAACUAGGAAACAAGCUCCGAGAGCAGGUGAAAUGCAUCGCCAAGCUGACUGGGGAAAAGGACAGGGAACCAAGCAGAGCCAGCAGCCCCAACACCCACCCAUCCUUCCUCUCCUUCCCACAGCCACCUCCACAAUGUAAUGGUCCACCUGCAGCAGGAAAACAAGAAGCUGAAGAACGAGAUAGAAGAGAAGACGAAAGCUGAGAACACGAGGCUAUGCACCAAAGCCCUAAGCCCAAGCAGAACAGAGUCCACACCGAGGGGGAAGGUGUGCGGCACCUUGGGCUGGAAGGGGUUGUCCCAGGACGUGGGUCAAAGAAUGGACCUCAGCAAAUACAUCAGGAUGCCCCACUGCCCAG